AUUUUUGUGCAACAAAAGAUGGCGGACCGAACGUCUGCUGGCUCUCAAAAAGCUAGCGCUAAGGCGCUACUUGAGAGCAAACUGAAAUCCUUCAGCAUUGGCAAAAUGGCAGUUGCAAAGAGAACGCUGAGCAAAAAGGAACAAGAUGAAAUAAAGAAAAAAGAGGAUGAGCGGGCAGCAGCAGAAAUUUAUGAGGAGUUUCUUGCUGCUUUUGAGGGAGGAGGGGAGGGCAAAGUCAAGGCAUUUGUCCGUGGUGGUAUUGCGAAUGCAUCAAAAGAGGAGGCUGCUGCUGAUGAGAAGAAGGGCAAGCUGUACAAACCUAAGUCCCGUUUCGAGACCCAAACUAAAAGCUUCUUGCCGCUGGAAACCCCACCUCAGUUUUUAGCAUUAGACAAAAGACAUCCACAGAAGAAAAGCACUGAAAAGGAAAAGAAGAAGAGUAACUUGGAGCUCUUUAAAGAAGAGCUUAAGCAAAUACAGGAAGAAAGGGAUGAGAGACACAAGAUGAAAGGACGUGUCAGUCGUUUUGAACCGCUCUCCGGCUUGGACGGGAGACGCUCGUCGGAUGGUUCUUCAAGAAGAAACCGUCCGUCCAGUGUUUUGGACGACUCUGCACCAGGAUCCCAUGACGUUGGAGACCCGUCCACUACUAACUUGUAUCUCGGAAACAUAAACCCACAGAUGAACGAGGAAAUGCUCUGCCAGGAGUUUGGCCGCUAUGGCCCAUUGGCCAGUGUGAAGAUCAUGUGGCCCAGGACGGAUGAGGAGAGGGCUCGGGAGAGGAACUGUGGCUUUGUGGCUUUCAUGAACAGGAGGGAUGCUGAACGAGCCCUCAAGAACUUAAACGGAAAGAUGAUAAUGAACUUUGAGAUGAAGCUGGGUUGGGGCAAAGGUGUGCCCAUCCCACCCCACCCCAUCUACAUCCCUCCUUCCAUGAUGGAGCACACACUCCCCCCACCCCCCUCCGGCCUGCCCUUCAACGCCCAGCCCCGUGAGAGGCUGAAGAACCCUAAUGCUGCCCUGCUUCCUCCACCCAAAAACAAGGAGGAGUUUGACAAGACUCUGUCGCAAGCCAUAGUCAAAGUGGUUAUCCCAACAGAAAGGAAUUUGCUCUCUCUCAUCCACCGAAUGAUCGAGUUUGUGGUGCGUGAGGGCCCGAUGUUUGAAGCCAUGAUUAUGAACAGAGAAAUCAACAACCCCAUGUACAGGUUUCUGUUUGAGAACCAGAGCCCAGCACAUGUAUACUACAGAUGGAAGCUCUAUUCCAUAUUACAGGGAGAAGCACCAGCUAAAUGGCGAACAGAUGACUUUCGGAUGUUUAAGAACGGCUCUUUGUGGCGUCCACCUCCUCUCAACCCGUACCUCCAUGGCCCUUACAACGAUGGAGAAGAGGAGGAAGAAGAGGAGGAGGCCAAUAAGAAAGGCUGCUUGAAAGAGGAAGAGCGCGAUAAACUGGAGGAGCUCCUGCGUGGCUUGACUCCCAGGAAGGGAGACAUUGCCGAGGCUAUGCUGUUCUGUCUGAGUCACGCUGAAGCUGCUGAGGAGAUAGUGGAGUGCGUCACAGAGUCACUCUCCAUCCUCAAGACCCCGCUCCCCAAGAAGAUCGCACGGUUAUAUUUAGUUUCUGAUGUACUGUACAACUCCUCUGCCAAAGUUGCCAAUGCGUCUUACUACAGAAAAUAUUUUGAGUCCAAGCUCUGUCAGAUCUUCUCAGACCUCAACGCAACCUACAAAACGAUACAGGGCCACCUCCAGUGUGAGAACUUUAAGCAACGAGUAAUGUCUUGUUUCCGGGCGUGGGAAGACUGGGCAGUGUACCCGGACCCUUUCCUCAUCAAGCUGCAGAACAUCUUUCUGGGCCUGGUUAACCUCCCAGCGGACAAAGAACCCGUCCCCCUUGUAGUGGAGCCCGAGGUAGCAGAUGACCUAGAUGGAGCCCCCAUUGGUGGGGAAUAUGUGGAUGGGGCUCCUAUGGAAGACGUGGACGGGGUGCCCAUUGACACAGGCAUCAUCGACGGAGCGCCUAUUGAUGGGGCCCCCCUGGAUGACCUAGACGGUGUUCCUAUCAAGCCCAUGGAAGAGGACAUAGAUGGAGUGCCACUGGAUCAGUCCAGAGAAGCAACGUUCAAAGUGGCCCCCUCCAAAUGGGAAGCUGUGGAUGAGUCAGAGUUAGAAGCUCAAGCUGUGACAACCUCAAAAUGGGAAAUAUUUGAGCAGCCGGAGGAAACAAAAAAGGACGAGGAUGAGAGUGAUGAUGACGACAAGAGCAUCCGCUCAGAGGAUCCUCAGAGUUACUCCAACCCCAUCAGAGAUGAUACCGACAUCAAGGCCAAACACUCUGAAAUGAACGAGGAGAAACGCACCAAGCUGAGAGAGAUAGAGGUUAAGGUCAUGAAGUUCCAAGACGAGCUGGAAUCUGGGAAAAGACCCAAGAAGCCUGGCCAGAGCAUUCAGGAGCAGGUGGAGCACUACAGGGACAAGCUUUUACAAAAGGAAAAAGAAAAGGAGAAACUUGAGAGGGAGAAAGAGAAGGAGAAAAAGGAGAAGGAGAAAUCGGAGGUGCGUUUGAAAGAAGUGAAGAAGGAAAAAGAUGAUGACACACCGACCAGGAAAGACAGGAAACGGCGUCACAGCGGGUCACCCAGCCCGACGCGCAGUAGCAACCGGCGCGGCCGAUCACCCUCGCCGCGCUCCGAGAGGUCAGAACGAUCGGAGCGAUCAGAGAGGUCUGACCGUUCCUAUUCCAAAGACGUGUCGUCUCGGCCGUCCCACAAAGACUCCCCUCGCUCCAGCAACAAGAAGUCCUCCAAAAGAUCUCCCUCGACACCACGCACACCCAAAAGGUCCCGGAGGUCACGGUCCAGGACACCCAAGAAAUCGGCAAAGAAAUCCCGCUCCAAAUCUCGUUCCCCACAUCGGUCCCACAAGAAAUCAAAAAAGAGCAAACACUGACAAAUCAAAACCUGGAACCCUGUCACCCGUGACUGCUGGACUGGCCCAUCCCCUCCCUCCCUCCCCGCGCUGCGUGCUGAGUUACCUGAACAGAAGGUUGACUCGGCUGGUGGGGAGAUGAGUUCCCUGGCCUGAACUGAAUGUUCAUCUCUUGACAGAGAAGAGAGGUGGUUGUUGCAUGGGUUGCCAUGUUGCGUAUCAAAAUGGACUGGGCCGUUGUUUUAUAUUGUAAAAACAAAUCUUGUGUGUAACUACUCAGCCCGACCCACCCUUCACUCCACGGCCCAGAUGGAAUUCAUCCAUGGUGUAGACCACACCCUUACCAGAGUGUGACGAUUCUUAUAUUCAUGCAGUCAUUUUCUGUUUUUGUAGUUCACAUUAAAAUUAAUUCCUAAUAAUUUGUGGUGUCUUUUCUAGACGGUCAUAUCAACGAGGAAUUUUCUACCAACUUGCAAAAGAGUCUUUAGAAAAUUAAACUUUAAGUGGCACUCAAAUAAAGGUUUUCUA